CUCGGAGAGAGGCGGAAGGGGAAGCUUCUCGCAGCUUCAAUGUGCAAAGCCCGGCGGGCCAGCUCCAGCACUCGCGCUGACCGGAACCCCCCGGAAGCUGGGGAUACUGACACCCCCUCCCCUCAUUAAACAACUUUACCGGUCGGAAGGCGACACUUCCAGCUGAUCUCCUUAAUACGUGCUUGUGUGUGAGAGAGAGAGAGCGCGCAUGUGCAAGUCUCCUCCUCUUUCUCCCGCCCCCUUCCAUUGGAAAGACGGACGGUUAUUCUGAUUCUGGUGGCGGUUGGACCUGGAACUUUGGCCUAGGUCGCGCGAGCAUCUUGGUCUUGCAGAAUGACCCGUGUGCUGGCCUUUGUCUCGGCGCUGCUGCUGCGGACUGCGUGCCGGAGCUCGGUGGUCCAGGUCUGCCGACAAUUCAGAAACCAACGGCCUCUCUCUUGGGCUCCAUUUUACCUAACCCAGCACGGCAGUUACUGGAGUGUUUGUACAGCUCCCUCUGAAUCUGUCACCUACCAGGAACUAAAACAGUUGCUUAAAUCAAAAACAAUUGUGAUUGAUGUCAGAGAACCUUGGGAAAUCAAGGAGUAUGGACAAAUUCCUGGAUCUAUAAAUGUGCCAUUGGGAGAAGUGGAGCAAGCCUUGAAGUUGGAUUCAAGCAAAUUUAUGGAAACCUACAAUGGAAAGAUGCCGUCCACGUCCGACAAAAUUGUCUUUUCAUGUUUGGCAGGAGUCAGGAGCAAGAAAGCUUUGGAGACUGCAAUGUCACUGGGCUACAGCAGAGCUCUACAUUUCCCUGGUGGUUGGGAAGAAUGGGUGAAAUGUGAAUUUGCUGAACAUCAGCGUUGAACUACUUUGGGGAAAAAAUUCUAGAAGAAUCUCAGAAAUAUGAAGAAAUAAAAAUGACAUCAGGAAUAUUAAAUCUGCACUUUUUUUAGUUGAGCUUUUCUUACAUUUUAGCUAAAAAUAUUGUUUAGAUAUAGUUGAGAAUUGUGAAAGCUUUGAAAAAUGGUUCUGCAAAACUGAUGGUGCUGAAAAUAUGUUGCUGGAAAAGUGCAGGUCAGGCAGCAU